AUUUUAUAUUAUUAUAUAUUACUACUACCUUUGCAACAACAGCCACCUCUUUUAUUCAACCCACCCCUCCCAAGCUUCUUACUCCCGCCCCUGCAUAAUGCGCAUUGCCCUGCUCGCUCUCGCUGCCCUCGCCGCCGUGGCCACCACCGUCGCUGCCCGCGAAGUGGGCCACCAGCACCACUUUGGCGCCAGCGGCCACCCGCACCCAUCAAGACCCGCCGAGGACCUGCGCCUUUCGCACGACAUGCAACCUGGCAGCCUCUACGUCUCCGCGCGCCUGAUCAAAGUCAGCGAGCACACCAAGGCGCGCUGGCUGCCGCUAGACGACAUCCUCGCCCUGCGCCGCGCAGGCGUCAAGUUCAUCGACAUAACCGACGCGCAAGAGCUGCACGAGUCCAGCGUGACUGCAUCGUCGUCCGAGUACGUGUCGCGGCUGCCGCAGGUUUUGGGCCGGGGCAAGGAGGUCAACGGCGCGAUUGGCCUUUUGUCGACCGAGCUUUACGGCGAUGUGCUGAGGCCCUUCACAGCGUUCCACAACCGGUACUACGACUCAGAGAACGGGCGCAAGUCAUCCGAGUGGCUGCAGGGCCAGAUCCAGCAGCUUGUGACUGGCACCAGCAAAGCGGGUGCAAACGUCACCGUUGAGGCCUUCAAGCAUCGGUUCCCGCAGUCCUCAAUUAUUCUGCGCUUCCAGGGCGCCUCCGAUGAGAUCGUGGUUGUGUCUGCGCACCAAGACUCGGUCAACAUGUGGAUUCCCUGGUAUGGCCGCGCUAACGGUGCCGAUGACGACGGCUCAGGCACAGUCACUAUUCUCGAGUCCCUGCGUGUGCUGCUUGCCAGUGACUUCCAGCCUGAGCGCACGGUUGAGUUCCACUGGUAUGCCGGCGAGGAGGGCGGUCUCUUGGGGUCGCAGGAUGUCGCGCAGGCGUACAAGCGCGAUGGCCGCAAGGUUGUCGGUAACCUGCAUUUCGACAUGACGGGCUUCUGGCGCCAGAGCGGCGAGGAGCUCAUUGGCCUGGUUGCAGACAACACGGACGAUGAGUCGCGCGCGCUAGUCAAGAAGCUGGUUGGUGAGUACACGCGUCUGAAAACCCGCGAGUUCAAGUGCGGCUACGGGUGCUCGGACCAUGCUAGCUGGAACAAGGCCGGGUUCAGGUCCGCCAUGGCCUUUGAGUCGGACGAGCUCGAGGGCAACACUUACAUCCACUCACCCAAGGAUACCGUUGAGACCCUGGACUUUAACCACAUGCUUGAGUUCUCCAAGCUCGCUGUCGCCUAUGCCUACGAGGUUGGUUAUGACCACGGUUUGGACUAAAUUUAGGGAACAGGUUUUGUUCUUGUAUUCUUUCUGUUUUUUAAAGCAUUUUUACCCUCCCCCACAAAAACAUUGUUGCGU